AUGCUGCACCAUCGCACUGCAACAGUCAGUGAUAGAGAAGUGGGUGUUCGGUAUGGGUGUUUGGGUGUGAAUCUCAAGUGGGUGAAUUUUCAAAAAAUUUAUUACAUCUUGAACAUGUUGGAUAUUAAUGCAUUUCUUGUAGAGAAGGGGGGAAACCCUGAAACCAUUCGAAUCUCUCAAAAGAAGAGAGGUGCACCUGUGGAAUUGGUGGACGAAAUCAUCAAGGAUUACAAGGACUGGACCAAGAUAAGGUUUGAGUUGGACGAGAUGAACAAGAAGAUGAACGCUCUUCAAAAACAAAUCGGACAAAAGUACAAGGCCAAGGAAGAUGCUAGCGAGCUUUUGAAACAGAAAGAUACUUACACUGAGGAGAAGAAGCAAUUAAUUGAAAAAGAGCAAAAAGCAGAUACCGAUUUAAGAUUCAAAGUCAACCAAAUUGGAAAUAUCGUUCAUGAAUCUGUGGUGGACUCUCAAGAUGAGGAAAACAACGAGCUUGUUCGUACUUGGCUUCCUGAGGGUGUGAAGGAGGCUGGAGCCAUCGCUACGGCCACUGGAGCUCCAGCAGCUUUGUCGCAUCACGAAGUGUUGUUGCGUUUAGACGGUUACGACCCUGAAAGAGGUGUUCGUAUCGUUGGUCACCGUGGGUAUUUCUUGCGUAAUUAUGGUGUUUUCUUGAACCAGGCUUUGAUCAACUAUGGUUUGCAUUUUUUGGCCAGUAACGGUUACACUCCAUUGCAAGCUCCCGUGAUGAUGAACAAGGAAGUCAUGGCCAAAACAGCUCAAUUAUCCCAAUUCGACGAAGAACUUUACAAGGUUAUCGAUGGAGAUGAUGAAAAGUACUUGAUCGCAACUUCGGAACAGCCUAUUUCCGCUUAUCAUGCUGGGGAAUGGUUUGAAUCACCAGAAGAACAAUUGCCUGUAAGAUAUGCUGGUUACUCCUCCUGUUUCAGAAGAGAAGCCGGAUCUCAUGGUAAGGAUGCUUGGGGUAUUUUCAGAGUUCACGCAUUUGAGAAAAUUGAGCAAUUCGUAUUGACUGAACCAGAAAAGUCAUGGGAGGAGUUCGACAGAAUGAUUGGUCUUUCCGAGAAAUUCUACCAAUCUUUGGGCUUGCCUUACCGUGUUGUCGGCAUUGUUUCCGGAGAAUUGAACAACGCUGCUGCUAAGAAGUACGAUUUGGAAGCUUGGUUCCCCUUCCAGAAGGAAUACAAGGAAUUGGUUUCAUGUUCUAACUGUACCGACUACCAAUCACGUAACUUGGAAAUCAGAUGUGGUAUCAAGCAACAAAACCAAACUGAGAAGAAAUACGUCCACUGUUUGAACUCUACACUUUCUGCCACUCAGCGUGCGUUGUGCUGUAUCUUGGAAAACUAUCAAAAAGAAGACGGAUUGGUGGUUCCAGAAGUUUUAAGAAAGUACAUUCCUGGCGAGCCUGAGUUCAUUCCAUAUGCUAAGGAACUUCCAAAGAACUCUACCUCCAACAAGAAGAAGAAGUAG